CUCUGUUGGCCAGGACUUUGUCCUAGGACAGAGGAGCUGCCUGAUAUGGAAGGAGGGGGCCCCUCUGGAGUUAUAAAGCCUGCCAGCCCACUGAGCUAGUGAGCUCAGUCCCAUUCUGUCUGUUACGUUCAGGUUCGGGUGACCUUUUUCUGGCCUCUGGUCUCUACAGGCCCUGGGCACACACUCACUGCACUUAUAUACAUUCAGGAAUCGGGAGAGAGCAGGGUGCCCGCCCACCCCCGGAGACCAGCACCCUAGCAGUGCACCGCCCCGUAGCUUUGCUGCCUACCACAACACCGUCCUCAGUGCUCCCGGUCACAGACAGUAUGGGAUCUCGGUUCCUCCUGGCUGUGUUCCUCGUCCUCCUGGUGCUGGGAUGUGGACACCUCAGUGCAUCCAGUCUAACCAUCAUGCUCCCUCAGAGGUCCAGGCAACCCCUGAAGAUGAUCCGGGCAGCCCAGCCCUGCUGGACAAGGUGCAGCAGUCUCUUUACCGUUACUGGGACUCUGCCAAGGAGGCUGCCCAAGGCCUGUACAGCAGCAAAUUCCUGACCACCGUGGAUGAGAAACUCAGGGACACGUACAGCAAAAGCUCUGCGGCCAUGAGUACUUACGCGGGCAUUUUUACGGACCAGCUCCUCCUUCUCCUAAAGGGAGAAUAGUGACGUGCAAACCCCAAGUCAGGGGAGGGGAGAACCCAGCCCUCGACCUCUUUGUUCUCAUCACCUGAUCAGGAUGGCCCUACAUCCCCCUGUCCCAGCAGCCCUUGUCCUCCUGCUCUGAACUGUAGAUGGAAUUCUUCCAGUGAAAGAAUAAAUUGAUCCAGGUUCAUUGA